AUGAAGGGAGUCUGCUCUCUCUUCGACGGAUUAGUGUCUCCUGUUAGCUCUAUUCGAGACGGCGGCUCCGCGCGCGCCGCCGUGAUGGAUGGCUACGGGGACGACCGUGGCGGCUUUGACAGAGACAGGAGGGGAGGCGGGCGACCGAAUCGCCGAAAUGCUACUGACAUUGGCGCAACCUACGUCCACUGGAUGCAGAAUCGGCGGCGGAAUGGUCGAAAUGCGCGAGUAUUCGAAGCAGAAAGGCCCAGCGCGAGCUAUGUAGAAGACAUGCUCCCGCCAGCAGCGCGGAAAGGCAAGGCAGCAGACUCGAUCCCAGCAAAGCACCUCCACUCGUCGCUGAACAAAGUGCGACAUCCAGUGAAUGUGGUGAAAUGGACGCCGGAGGGUCGACGGCUGCUUACUGCCAGUACGAGUGGCGAGUUCACGUUAUGGAACGGCACUGGUUUCAACUUCGAGACUAUCAUGCAGGCGCACGAUUGUGCUGUGCGUGCUGUCACGUAUGCGCAUAACGAUGAAUGGCUUCUCUCUGCGGAUCAAGAUGGGUUUGUCAAGUAUUGGCAGACCAAUUUCAACAACCUCAAAUCUUUCCAAGCGCACGCCGACCCAGUCCGCGAUCUGGCCUUUGCGCCAACAGAUUCCAAGUUUGUCACUGCUUCGGAUGAUGCUUCACUCAAGAUCUUCGACUUUGCUACCAGUGCGGAGCAGUCGACUUUGACGGGACAUCAGUGGGAUGCAAAGUGUGUCGAUUGGCAUCCUACGAAAGGGCUGCUGGUGUCUGGGUCGAAGGAUCAUCAAGUAAAGCUCUGGGAUCCACGGACGGGGAGAUGUCUUACCACAUUGCAUGGACACAAGAACACCGUAUCGAUGGCCAAAUUUGAGCCCACAAACGGUGUCCUCCUAGCUUCAUGCGCGCGAGACCAAACAGCACGGGUGUUCGACAUUCGCAUGAUGCGGGAUGUCUUCCUGCUGAAAGGCCAUGAUGCAGAGAUCAACUCACUUGUAUGGCAUCCUAUCCACUCCGCCCUUCUGACGACCGCUAGCGGAAAAGGCACCAUGAUCCACCAUCUCCUGAACGAACAAAACCCACCAUCAGGCACACCUGCCACAAUUUCGCCCUACGACUCCCAAAACCCCUCAGAAGCUCCCACACAAACCAUCCACCCAGCACACAAAACCGAAUUCGCCCACGAUUACUCAAUCUGGAGCAUGGACUGGCACCCACUCGGCCACAUCCUCGCCACCGGCUCCAACGACAAAGUCACCCGCUUCUGGACCCGCCCCCGACCAGGCGACGACAGCUACCUCAACGACCGCUGGCACAUCGGCCAAUCCGCCGCCGAAGCCCAAGGCACCUGGAAGAAGAACGAAGCCCAGCGCCAACGCGAAGAGGAAGAAGCCGAAGCCGAAGACGAAGCCGACGGGCUCGUGGACCAGAAGAUGCCGAGCCGCGGCGCCUUACUACCUGGCCUACCAGGACUCAAUGCACCCAUGCCUGCUCCCUUCCCAGACGGAACAAGCACCGGCGGCGCUCAAACCUCCCCCAAUAUCCCCGGUUUCCCACCCUUACCCCAAGGCGGCCCCCCAAUCGACCUCGCCAAACUCCUCGAACUCAGCGGCGGCCGCCUCCCGCCUCCGGGCCAACUCCCAGGAAUGCCGGCGAACUUCCCCCCAUUACCGCCAGGAUUCCAACCACCGCCCGGUUUCCCUCCGUUGCCGCCAGGGCUGCCGGGGAUCGGGAACACGCCUACACCUACGCCGCCUACGAAUGGCGCCAACGGCGGUGGGAUGAGACGACGCGCCCCGCUGCCGAGUCAGGAGGAGAGUUUGCAGGAGCAGAUGCGGCAGGGGCGGUAUACGAAGGCGAGAUAG